UGAAGCAAAUAUGGCGGCAAUCAGCACAAAACAGAAGCUUCUGCAGCUUAUUGAGGACACUGAAAUAAUAUCUAAGGAAAUUUUUGAACUGAUGAGCACGCCAAAACAACAACAGCGAGCUGAUGCACCAGAGACACAAAAAUUGAUGGAACUUCUGGUCUUGAAAGAUAAAGAAAUAAAGGAAAACUUGAAAAUAGCUGCAGAACAGGCAGAGAUACAGAAGACUGUUGAUGAAUUGAAAACGGAAGUGGACAAACGUGAUGCAGAUAUAAGGAACCUCCAAAAAAAUCUCAAAGAAGCAGAAACAAUAUUGUCUACAGCCAUCUAUCAAGCCAAACAGAAGUUAGAAGCCAUAAGACAAGCCAACAGUAAGACAAUAGCUUCAGAAGAGCUUAUCAAGUUUGCACACAGGAUUAGUGCCAGUAAUGCUGUAGCUUCUCCACCGACUUGGACCCCUGGUGAUCCCAGGAGGCCUUACCCAACUGACUUUGAAAUGAGGCUUGGAUUCCUCGGGAAAUGUAGUGGGGACUUGCCCAUAAAUGGACAGCAAUUACAGUCACAGGGGUCAUAUGGAGAACCCAUGUCCAGUAACCGGACAUCUGCUGUAUUAGGGGAACCAACAUCUGCAAGCACACCUUCAUCUGUAUCAUCUUGGCAACCAGCACCAGAGUUACACCAUUCUUUAUCGACAGGAAGUGGAGGUGCAUCAGGUUUCUUGGCAGAGAUUAAAGGACACAAUAAAGAAAAUGAAGAUGUUGGCUUCAUGUCUAGUGACUCUUCCAGUAGUUCAUCAAGUGAUGAAUAAAGUGUGUAUUUAUUGUA